AGCAUAAUGUCAAGGUAAAAAUGUAAUUUUUAAGAAUUCAGUCUUCAAAUCAGUGCUCAAUUAGCUGUCACCUUUUCAAUUGAAUCAAAACAGUGUUUUGCUAAGCUUUUGUAUAGCAGUUACUGCAGGAAAAUAUUUCUUUUUGAAGCUUGAGACAGCAAUCUCCGAUUUUUGUUUAACUGCAUCAGUGAAAUAUAUUCAAGAUUUUUACUCAUCGAAAAAAGUUUUAUUUUGAAAUGGUAGCAAUUUUAAAUUUGGUAUGCUAGUCAAAAAUGAUUUCCUUGUCAAAAAAAGCAAAGAAAGAAGCAAACAAAAAUUUCACUUCAAGUACAAAAGUUAGUACUCGUGUUUCUGUAAGAGACCGCUUGCUUAUCAAAGAGGUUCAAGACUUGGAGACGAAUUUGCCUGCCACAUGUCGCACCUAUUUCCCUAACCCCAAUGAGCUGCAUAAGUUUGAAAUUACCAUUGUACCAGAUGAAGGUUAUUGGUGCGGUGGCAAAUUCAAAUUCCUCAUCGAAGUACCCGAAGAAUACAAUAUGGUGCCACCAAAAGUCAGGUGUCACACUCGCUUAUGGCAUCCCAACAUAAGUGAAGAUGGUGCGAUAUGUCUCAGCCUCUUACGUCAUAGUUCUAUUGAUGGUCUAGGCUGGGCACCAACUAGGACACUCAAAGAUGUUGUCUGGGGCUUAAAUUCCUUGUUUACUGACCUUUUGAAUUUUGAAGAUCCCCUGAACAAAGAUGCUGCUGAACACUAUUCUAAAGAUAAAGACAGCUUUAAAUGUAAAGUAAAAGAAUAUGUCCAGCGAUAUGCUAAAAGAUGAAAUUUGCAUAUUUUAGCUGUUAUGUACAUAUUUGUAUUAAAUAUUAUCUAAAUUGUUCAUCAUUAUCUCAUCGUAAAUAAUUCAAAAUAAACUUUAUUUAUAU